CACAUUACCAAAACAUUAAACGAGACAUUUUCAACUUAAAACUGUAAAAAAUAUACUUUAAUAUUUUAAUUUGUUUUAAACUAAAAAUUCUAUUUAACAAGACGACAAAAUGACGAAUAAGUCGCAAGUAUUGACUACCACGAAUUUACCAAUGUACUCCAUUCAGACGUUCCUCAGAAACUACAUACUAGUGGCGGGAGGCGGCGGAUCGAGCAAAACAGGAAUAACUAAUGGUUUCGAGGUGUACAAAAUUUGCAAAGACGGAAAAUCGUUAACGAUGAGAAAAGUCAUACGUCACGACAGCGGUCCGUGUGUAAUCAUGAACAACUGUUGUUAUAAAAACGGUAGUAAAAUAUAUAUUAUAUGCAACGAAGACGACAAGUGUCGGCAGUAUACAGCUGACAUUAUUUUAGAACCGUCAUUCGGUAAUGGAAAAACCACUAAAGAAUUGAAUUUCCAAAUAUCCACAGGACGCUCGUUAGUUACAGAUUUCAACGAGGACGAACCACUCCAAAGAAUCGUCAAGGUAAAUAGCUCUGGUAACAUAAUGGUAACCGGUGGUACCGAUGGUUGUAUUCGUCUUUGGAACUUUCCCAUCAAAGAAGACAAUAAUCCAGAACCUCUGAAGGUUUUCACGGGACACACAAAAGAAAUUGAUGAUAUCGACAUUAGUUCUGAUGGAGCGUCCAUAGCGAGUGUCGCAAAAGACGGACAAGCGUUUCAUUGGAACACAGUAACUAAUACAAAAUCUAAUCUUUUACAUCCGACAAACAAAAAGCAAAUAUUUAAACGAUGUAGAUUCGGUAUUAUCAAUGAUAAGCCGACCUAUAAUAUCUAUACAAUAGCCAACGGUCCUAAUCAAAAGUCAUUCCUACAAAGAUGGUCUUAUGAUAAUAAAAUUAUUUACGAGUUUCAAUUCGCUGAACCUACGUCAGCACUAGCGGUGCGUGAAGACGGCUUGUACAUUGCUGUGGGUACAAUGUUUUCUGGUAGUGUUAGUAUUCAUGAAGCAUACGACUUAAAAAUGAUAUACAGCGUCAAACAAGCGCACGCCAUGUUUGUGACGGGGCUCGAAUUUUUAAACAAAGAUUUUGUGCCAGAAACUAAAGCAGCUGUUUUGUCAAUAUCUGUCGAUAACCGAAUUUGUUUCCACAAUGUGCCAUGUAAGACUUUGGUAUCUUUUUGGAAAUUGUUUAUAAUUAUUCAUUUUAUAUUACUUUUAUUUUAUAUAAUUAUUUUCAACUCUUAGUAAAAUAAGUUGUAUAAAUAGAGCAACUUGCAUAAGUUCCUCACUGUUGUUAUUUAAUUAUAUAAUUUUAUGAGUAUUGGAAUUAUCAAAAUACAUUUUUUUUUUUAAAUACUUGUUAUUUAUUACCAACACGAGUAUAUAAAUUUUCAUUUUAUAGAUUUUUUUAUUGCGCAUAUGUUUAAGGAUCAUUUUGUAAAAAAAAU